AUUCAGUAACCAUGUACUUACUACUACUACUAGUACUAACCGCUGAGCGCUGAAGCUUUAAACAAGCGCAACACGGUCAUGUCCAACAGCACCAAACCACGUGUUGAUGAUGAGGACGACGUUGAUGAUCUCGACGAUGUCCUGGAUCAGUUUACUCCAUCCAAGGCCCCUGCGUCCAGCUCAUCCCGACUAUCAACGUCAUCGCCUGCUGUGAAUGAACCAACCUCGUCUCAGGCAUCGAAACAAAAGCCGUCUUCGUCAGAUGCCGACUUUGAAGCUGAUUUUGCAAAAUCGCUUGCUGAAGACAUGGAAGCUCUUUGGCGCGGUAUCGCACACCAGGAAGUGAAUGAAGGUUUGAACGAUGAAGAUGAGACUUCGGAACAACGAGAAGAGCGGGAGCGCACCCUCGCAGCGGCUUUGGAAGCUAUGAUGACGGAAGGGAUGAAUGGCUCGACCGACCCAUCGCUCGCACAAGGAGCACCUAUUGCCCCCAAAACUGGGGAAAAGGACGACUUCCAAUCGCAUCCUCUCGAGACGCUUUUAUCUCAAUUUGGACUUGAGGAUGAAGAAGAUAUGCAGGGUGUUCUGGAAACUAUGAUGGGCCAGCUUAUGGGCAAGGAUGUCUUGUACGAGCCAUUAAAAGAACUCUCGGACAAGUUCCCGGACUACCUCAAGGCCAAUGCAAUUACAUUAACAUCCGAUGAUAAGUCGCGCUACGAUGCGCAGAUCAUCUGCAUAAAGCAACUCCUCCAAAUUUUUGAAUCGAAAGAUUACACUGACGAUGACGACAAGACGAGAAUCAAAAUCGUCGACCUCAUGGGCGAGCUUCAAAAACACGGGUCACCUCCAGAGGAAGUCAUGGGCCCAUUACCCCCCCGGAUUGAGCAUGGGCGCUGA